AUGGAUCUGUUUCUAUGGAACUGCCAAGGGGCGAGUGGAAAGCCAUUCCACCGCGUUCUCAAAAACCUUCUACAGGUUUAUAAGCCCAAUGUUAUGGGCAUCUUUGAGCCUAAGGUGUCAGGCCACCAGGCUAACACGAUUUGCUCGAAACUUGGGUUUUCAGACUGGGUUCGUGUGGAAGCUGUUACUCAAUUUGGCCACUCUCUUUGGGUGUUUGCGCCAGUCUAUGGGAGUCCGACCCACCACCUCAGACGUUGGCUUUGGAGAGAGCUUUCCCAGUCAAAGCGGGGGCAAAAUGGCCCGUGGCUUGUGGCUGCCGAUUUCAACUCUGUCACCUCAAAGGCAGAAACAAGUAACUAUAGCUCGUAUUCUGCCCAACGAAGUUCGGACUUCGUCACAUGGAUUCAAGACGAAGGACUAAUUGACCUUGGUUUCUCGGGGCCUAAGCUUACGUGGGUGAAAGAUGGGUCAACUGAUGCUAUUAAAUGGGCCCGCCUCGAUAGGGCACUCUGUAACCUGGAAUGGCGCAUCCGGUUCCCGGAAGCGACUGUCGAGCACUUGCCCCGAAUUGCCUCUGAUCAUGCACCACUCUUGGCUGCUUGGCUCGCCCACGACGAUUUAUCUAAAACGGUCCAACGCCUAUGGUGUGCGGACCAGAACCUCUUGGCAAAUGUGCAGCAGGUAGCAGCAGGUCUAUCCACAUGGAACAGGGAGGUUUUCGGGAACAAGCUGCGCCUAGAGCUGGAAGAGAUCCUGUAUCAGGAGGAACUGCUGUGGUUCCAGCAGUCCAGAGAGGAUUGGAUCACGUCGGGAGACAGGAACACGGCAUACUAUCAUGCUGCUGCUACUGUUCGAAGAGCCCGUAACAGGGUAGCCAGGCUUCUGGAUAAUAAUGGCGCUUGGAUCACCGAUGACGCCAAACUCAGGGACCACAUUCAAAAAUUUUAUAUUAACUUGUUUACUGAAUGCAGGGAGGUGACCGACGCCCAGAUUCUAGAAGCACGUUUUCCACGGCUUAGACGUAUCGAUUGGACUCUCUUCAACCGGCAAGUGACUAAAGAUGAAGUCUACGGGGCUGUUUGUGACAUGAAGCCUUCUAAAGCCCCAGGUCCAGAUGGUCUUCCCGCAUGGUUCUACCAACACACGUGGGAAGUGACUGGGGACAGCAUUUAG